UUACUCUCAUCUCAUCCCUUCCUUCGGAGUGAGCUUCUUGUGUUCCACUCUCUCUCUCUCUAUCUCUGCAACAAUGCUACUUUCUCUCUCUACAACACUUUCGCGCCUAAACUUCCUCCGCAAUCCACCUUCGCUUUUCUCCACUCUCCGCACAAACCAACUUCCCUUCAAAUCCUCCUUCGCCGCGUCUUCCCGCGGCAUCUCCUCCUCCGCGUCGCAACGCCACUGCGAUGCAGUCGUUUUGGGCAUCGAAACCAGUUGCGACGACACCGCCGCCGCCGUCGUGAGGAGCAACGGUGAAAUUCUGAGCCAAGUGGUGUCGUCUCAGGCAGAUCUGCUUGCAAAAUAUGGAGGUGUUGCUCCAAAAAUGGCAGAAGAAGCUCACUCACAAGUUAUAGACCAGGUUGUUCAAGAAGCCCUUGAUAAAGCUUAUAUGACUGAGAAGGAUCUCACUGCUGUUGCUGUUACCAUUGGUCCUGGUUUAAGUCUCUGCCUACGUGUGGGGGUGCAGAAAGCUCGGAGAAUUGCUGGGGGAUUUAAUUUACCAAUUAUUGGCAUACAUCACAUGGAAGCUCAUGCUCUUGUGGCAAGGUUAAUUGAGAAAGAUUUGCAGUUUCCAUUCAUGGCACUACUUAUUUCAGGGGGACACAAUUUACUCAUUCUUGCACGUGAUCUUGGGCAAUACAUACAACUUGGAACUACAAUAGAUGAUGCUAUUGGUGAGGCAUAUGACAAGACAGCAAAAUGGCUUGGACUUGAUAUGAGGAGAAGUGGUGGUCCUGCUAUAGAGAAGCUUGCUAUGGAGGGUAAUGCCGAAUCUGUCAAGUUUUCUAUUCCAAUGAAGCAGCACAAAGACUGCAACUUCUCCUAUGCUGGUCUUAAAAACCAAGUACGAAUGGCAAUUGAGUCCAAAAAGAUUGAUGCCAAAAUUCCAAUUUCUUCAGCAAGUAAUGAAGAUCGAUUGUCACGAGCUGAUAUUGCUGCUUCUUUUCAGCGAAUUGCUGUGUUACAUCUUGAGGAAAAGUGCGAACGAGCAAUACAGUGGGCAUUGAAGAUGGAGCCUUCUAUAAGACACUUGGUUGUCUCUGGUGGUGUUGCAUCAAAUCAAUAUGUUCGGACCCGGCUUGAUAUGGUUGUGAAGAAGAAUGGACUACAACUUGUAUGCCCUCCUCCUCAGCUCUGUACUGAUAACGGUGUAAUGGUUGCUUGGACCGGUAUUGAGCACUUCCGCAUGGGAAGAUAUGACCCUCCUCCUCCUGCAGAAGAGCCAGAAGACUUUGUGUAUGAUUUACGCCCGAGGUGGCCGCUUGGGGAAGUAUAUGCUGAAGGAAAAAGUGAAGCACGUUCCUUAAGAACAGCCCGUAUUCAUCCUUCUCUUACAUCUAUAAUUCAAGCAUCAUUGCAACAGUGACACUGCUUGAACUUCCAUGUUGUUUCAGUCUCUUUAUGAAGCUCUGCAGCGCAAGCCUCUUUCCUGGACUUAUCUAUGAUUUUGCCAAAAUGACAUUUCUGGCCAAAUUUUCAUUAAUACGUGGAACAAAAGUCCAUGUUUGCGGUGGAAAUUGACCAUUGGCAUGAAGCAGUGUCACGAAAAAAUCCAGCAAAGCAAUGUCACUUCAGGGAGAAACCUAAUAAAAUGGUAUGGUGGUUGAUAUUGGUAAAAGUGAAAAUAGGAUUUGGGUGGGAAGAGAUAACUGGUUAUGCUUUCAACAAAAUUUUACAACUUUAAGAGUAAAAGAAAAGGAAAAACUAGGAAAAUUUUCAUUUAUGCCCCAUGUAGUUCAGGAAAUCUGUAAGUCUAGUAGUACAAAACUUGUAUUUAUUUCAUCUACAAAGAUGUGGCGCCUGCCUAUUUCUGCACUAUCUCUAGAUAAAUUGUCUAGUUUUCGUCUUUCACAUACAUGCACGCUAAAAGUAUUUCUGUUAACUUCUGUAUAACUAUUGACAUAUGUUUUUCCCAUUUGUAUAUUAGGAUUAUAGAA